AUGUCACGUCAUUGUCAGCGCCUUGCAAUAUUGGCGCUCAUUCUGCUGCUCGGCGUCACUGUGAGGGCCGAGUAUUAUUCCUCGGUGAGCAGCAUGAUAGUGUUGGGGGAUGUGGAGCUGGAGCUGUUGAUGGCCACGCGUGACUUUCUCAAGGCCCAGCAGGAGCAGCUGGAAACAUAUCGCGAUUUUAUAGUGAACAUCAACAACGAACAUAUUAUGGCCUCCGAGGACUUCGAUGAUUAUCUGGGCAACCCGUUGCACGCCUUCAAGCUGUUGAAGCGCAUGGUUAAGGACUGGAAGGACUUGUAUGAGAAUGUUGUUGCUGAUAAGCCGCUGGAGGAUUUCCGCAAGAAAAUGCUCGAAUUGACCGCAGACGACGCCUUUCCAGAUCUGGAUGAGCUGCGCGGCGCUGUCAAGGGUCUGGCGCGCUUACAACAGGUCUAUAAUUUGACGGCUUACGACAUGGCCGAUGGCGUGUUCAAUGGGAUCUACGAAGGGGCUCAGCUGCAGUGGCACGAUUGCUUCGAUAUUGCCGUGCAGCUGUUCGAACUGAAACAGUAUAAGAAUGCGAUUGAGUGGUUUAUGGUGGCUGCCGAUUUGCUUCGUCAGCUGGACGAAGAUGAGAAGACUAAGCAGAAGCCUUUGGCAGAGAUACAUGAGUACUUGGCACUGGCUAACUAUCAGUUGGGACACUCGGAGCUGGCGCAUGAGCUGCUGGAUCCAGUAGUGGAUUUGGAUUCCACUUCUCCAGCUGAGAGCACUCGUGAAUAUUUGAACUAUAAUCCACCACCAUCCAAGUGCCAUGAGGAGCAGGGCUUCUCCUGGUUUUCGAACUACACUCGUCUCUGCCAGGGUCGACGAGUGCCAGAGUCUACAACGACGCCGUUGAAGUGCUUCCUGGAUUCGAAGAGACAUGCGAUCUUCAGGCUAGCGCCUCUAAAAGUGGAACAAGUGCAUCUGGAUCCCGACAUCAAUGUAUAUCAUGGCAUACUAACCAAUUCGCAUAUAGCUGGUAUACUAGAGCAAGCAGAGGAGCAUGUAAUGCAGCGCUCGGGUGUGGCUGGCGGCAAGGACAAGAGCUUGAUUCGGGACCUGCGUGUUAGCCAACAGACCUGGCUCAACUAUAGCAGCCCCAUAAUGGAGCACGUACACGAUUUGGUAGCUGCCAUUUCUGGUUUCGACAUGAAGAGCGCCGAGAUCAUGCAAGUGGCCAAUUAUGGUGUGGGUGGUCAGUAUGAGCCGCAUCCCGACUAUUUCGAUUAUCUGUUGCCCGCCGGCUACGAGGGCGAUCGAAUUUCCACCAGCAUGUUCUACCUCUCAGAUGUAGCUCAGGGUGGCUACACGGUCUUCACAAGACUCAACGUCUUCUUGCGACCCAUCAAGGGGGCCAUGGUCAUGUGGCAUAAUCUGCACAGAUCCUUAAGGCCGGAUGUGCGCACACAGCAUGCCGGCUGCCCAGUCUUAGUGGGCUCCAAGCGCAUUGGCAAUAUUUGGAUACACUCGGGCCACCAGGAAUUCAGCAGGCCCUGCGAACUGUUCAACGAUGGAGAGAAGUCGACAGGCUUGACGCUCUAGUUUUAAUAAAUAUAUAUCUUGCUUUAAUUAAAUCACUC